UCCUUAGUGUAUUCUAAACUUUGAAAACUGUAACUUUUAUCAUGCUAUUUUUAAAUUUGACAGUUAUUAAGUUGUCACUUAUUUUCUUUUUAGAAAUAUCUGGAUGCUUAUUCUUGCCUUGAUUUUAAUGAGCAAGGAGCCAUUGAAAUGAAAUGCCAGGCAUGUUCGAAGAAGCGUAUGUGCAAAUAUGUAAUAACCUUAUCUGGGUCGGAUUAUGAUAAGAAAACAUUAAAAAAGGAUAUAUUUCUGGAUGAUAAACGGACUGUGCAGGUUGGAAGUCUGUGUGCAGAAAAGACUCGAUUAUACCACCAACUUCGGCAUUUUAAAUACAAUUUACAACAGGACUGCAUUUCUGUUGUACAGAAUUACCCUGCUAAUAAUGAUGCAGAUGACAGAAUAAAACAUAUUCUUGCACAACUAGAUAAUGGCUGGAUCCAAGAGCAAAGAAACGAUCUUUCACGUCUGAUUACGGAUGCAGUUGAUUUCUGGGAAAAGGCACAGAAAAUGAUUGCGGAGAUGCGAUCAGUUUGGGGAUAAUGGUCAAAAACGUGUUAAAAUCACGCU